AAAAUAACAGGUAUCCUUGUUCGUCCGCCUGGCGGUUCGCACCCGGUUACACCCCGGAGGAAAGAGGGCGGAAAGCCGAGUGGAGAUACACCCCACCUGACGCAGAGCGGGCCCGCCGACGAAGCGUUCUACUGGUGUAUAACAAGCGGGCUGAACCGAAAAGUGCCCGUGGACUGGCACCGCAGUCGGGCUGUGUGGAUUUACAGGAGUCAAGCUGCUAAAUGGGGCUGCUGUAAAGCCGUCUGUUCCCUUCAGGACCGACUGUCGCCGCGAUUCAAGCCUGAAUUCAGACACAUCGAAGCGGAGAUCGUGGAUAUGGAAUGGUGCAUGCUGCUGGGCCAAGUUUUCAGCCUCUGAAAAGCACCGGAAUCAUGGACAGUCAUCCGCUGUGUACUAGACUCUGUCCACACUCUCUGGACAAGGAGGAUGGAGUCGAGAGGCAAGGUACCAUCGCACUGAACCCUCGGCACAUGAGGAAAGCGUUUAAAGUCAUGAACGAGCUGCGCAGCCAGAGCCUGUUGUGUGAUGUGACUAUAGUUGCAGAGGACGUAGAGAUUUCUGCUCACAGAGUGGUACUGGCUGCUGGAAGCUCUUAUUUCCAUGCUAUGUUUACUGGUGAGAUGGCAGAGAGCCGGGCCAAACGGGUGAGAAUUAAGGAGAUGGAUGGCUGGACUCUGGGUCUGCUGGUGGACUACAUCUACACAGCAGAGAUACAGGUCACAGAGGACAACGUUCAGGCUCUCUUGCCUGCAGCAGGACUUCUCCAGCUCACCGAGGUGAAGAAAUCUUGUUGUGAGUUCCUGAGCUCUCAGCUGCAUCCGUCCAACUGUCUGGGGAUACGAGCCUUCGCCGACCUACAUGCCUGCUCCCAGCUUCUUGCGCUGGCUAACAUCUAUGCAGAGCAACAUUUCGCUGAGGUGGUUGGAACUGAGGAGUUUCUCAAUUUGGGCAUGGACCAAGUGUCGAGCCUGAUUGCCAGCGACAAGCUCACCAUCCCCACAGAGGAGAAGGUCUUUGAAGCAGUUAUAGCGUGGGUGAACCAUGACAAAGAUGUCCGCCAGGAACACUUGGCUCACCUGAUGGAGCAUGUUCGUCUACCGCUGCUCUCCAGAGAAUACCUGGUGCAGCGUGUGGAGGAGGAAUCCCUCAUCAAAAACAGCAGUGCUUGUAAAGACUACCUGAUUGAGGCCAUGAAGUACCACCUACUACCAGCAGACCAGAGAGCUCUGAUGAAGACGGCUCGCACCAGAAUGAGAACCCCUGCCUCCAGUCCCAAGGUGAUGGUGGUGGUUGGAGGUCAGGCUCCUAAGGCCAUCAGGAGUGUGGAAUGUUAUGACUUUGAGGAGCAGCGAUGGUACCAAGUGGCUGAACUUCCCACCAGGAGGUGCAGAGCAGGUGUGGUGUACAUGGGUGGAUGUGUGUAUGCGAUUGGUGGAUUCAAUGGCUCCUUGCGUGUGCGGACAGUCGACUGUUACGAGUCAGUGAUGGAUCGCUGGACAAGUGUGAGCAGCAUGCAGGACCGGCGGUCGACCCUCGGAGCUGCGGUUCUGAAUGGACUCCUCUACGCUGUCGGAGGCUUUGACGGCAGCACGGGCCUGUCCUCAGUUGAAGCGUACAACGCCAAGACAGAUGAGUGGUUCCAUGUGCUGCCCAUGAGCACCCGGCGCAGCAGCGUAGGAGUGGGUGUUGUUAAUGGAAUCUUGUAUGCCGUCGGAGGUUACGAUGGAGCCACCAGGCAGUGUUUAAGUACAGUAGAGGCUUACAACCCCAAAAGCAAUGUGUGGAACUACAUAGCAGAGAUGGGCACGAGACGCAGUGGAGCAGGUGUAGGUGUGUUAAAAGGGUUACUGUAUGCUGUGGGGGGGCAUGAUGGCCCAUUGGUCAGAAAGAGCUGUGAAGUUUACGACCCAGCUUCAAACAGCUGGCGGCAAGUCGCCGACAUGAACAUGUGUCGACGCAACGCCGGUGUGUGUGCUGUCAACAACUAUCUUUAUGUGGUGGGAGGAGAUGAUGGCAGCUGCAAUUUGGCCUCAGUGGAGUUUUACAAUCCCAGCUCUGAUAAGUGGACACUGCUGCCAACUUGCAUGAGUACAGGCCGCAGUUACGCAGGUGUGACCGUGAUCGACAAGCCUUUAUGACUGUUCUUGUCACUUGCCGCUGGUUAGAAGCAGAAUGUACUUUCCUGCUGAAUGCUGAUCUUGGAUCUGUCUACGAUGCUGAUGCCUGAGUUUUGGGCCGCAUUAGCAACAGGCACUGAUGAAGAUGAAGAAAAUAACAAAAUUCGUUAUUGUUGAGGAUGAUGAAGAGCUUUUGCACUUGCCUGAGAUGAGAGGCAGUUGUAAGGAAUGAGAAAGGGGGGAUCGAACCUGUGUUUUAAUCCGCUCCGGACUGGAAUGAAGCCAAGACUGGGUGACCCAGUUAGAAGCACCACUGUAUCGCUGCAGUGCCAUUGAAAUAUGCUACUGAUAUAAAGCUGCUAACUUACUUUAUCAUUAGUAAAAGGAACACGAAGCAGAUCUGACACAGAUCACUUGUCUAAUAUUUUAGAAGGACCGUUUUUGAACUGAAAUGGGCGUUUUUGUUCUUUUUUUCUGAGAAAUGUGCUUGCAUAUCGAGGUGCUCCAUUGCUUGCACAUGUAGGCAUGUGUUUCGUUUGCAUUUGUGUAGGGGGUUAUUUGUGUAUGUGUGUGAGGCCUCAUUCGAUGCCGCAUGAACACACUUCUGACCUGCUGCAGCGAGGCUCUUUAACAGUGCCUGAAUGUCAAAGUCCACCUCCUUCUUUCCUCUGUUCUACCCGCGAGUACGAACACAGCUGGACUCAAACUCAGCUCAUCUGGAAUGUAAGGAUAAAAUCUGGCAGAAAAGUUUAAAAUGGCUGCAUUAGCUUGUGUUUUGUAGCAGAAUACGUUCCUGAGAACAUGAUAGUGUACGUUUUUCAUAAAGAAAAGCAGGCUGGUUUGAAAAAACCCUCCUCUGGUGGGUGAGAGGUCUCGGUCAUGUUGCCACACAUGGUGACAGACCGAGAAGCUGUUUGAAAUGUGAAACAGCUGGAUGUGUCUGUGCUUAAUCAAUUUCCCUCUGGGAUUAAUAAAGUAUUUUUGAAUUGAAUUGAAUUUACUGUCAGCCAUAAUUACUGUGGUUGUAACCACUGAUUACAGCAGCACCCUGAACUCACUGCAUGGACCUCGUCUCUACUCUGUCAUCCAGGCCCCACCCCUUUCUUUGGUGUAAAAAACCACUGCACACACCCUCAAAUGUAAUACGAAUGUGCCAAUUUCCUGGUCUUCUCUAUUUUCUGUCCCGCUGUUAUGCUUCGUUACUAAACUGUCCUCUUUCUGGAAAGUGACCAAACCUAAUCUUGAGUUUUUUUUAUUCUUGUCUCUUUUUUUUCUCCUGCUGUAAUCCAAACUUGCUAUAAAAGUGGUAUCGCUGUUUCUCGUGUGUGUUUUGAGGAAUGUCAUGUAGACUAAUAACUUGGAAAAAGUUUUAUUACAUGUUUUAUAUUAUUGGUAUAAGUAAUAAAUAUGCUUCUUUAUUUAAAGCUGUGAAAUAAUAUAACCUGUUUUUAAGACUUUGCCUAAUCAGUAAAACAUUGAAGCAGGAAGUUCCUUGUGUGGUGAUUUUGUUAUUUAGAGUUUUAAACAAAGCCAACUUUUUCCUCUUGAUGACCUUUACAAAAACUCCACAGUAUCGUUUGGCAGGAUUGUAUUUUGCGCAAUUUCUUGGAUGCAUGUAGAAAAGUUUAAAACCACCUCUAAUUCUGAUCUUUUCCAAUUUAAUGUUUAAUUGUCUAUUUUAACGUUUAUUAAAUGCUUUUUAGUCAUUAAAAUCAGCUAAACUUGA